AUGGCCUCAACCGCACCUCAAGAGAGAGCUGAUACUUUUGGCCAAGAAGGAGAGUUUAUCAGCAGUUCAACUAGAUACGACAGCAAGCCAGAAUGGAAGGAUGUGACUCCAAUUUACAACUCUAUUGCUGAAGAUGCUGUUGUCAGAAUCAGCCAUACUCCCGAGUGUAUGUUUAUUUACUUUUUUGUUGGUUUUUAGGUAUUGUAUUUAAAGUUUUAUGGAUUAAGAAUGUAAAUACACGGAGCUGAAUUUCUAAAAUUCCUAGAUAAAUAACAUUGUAACCUUUUAGUUAUUGAUGCAUUUGCCUACUUCCGGGCCGUUUUACACAAGAACGAGAUGAGUGAGCGUGCAUUUGAGUUGACUACGACUUGUUCUCAACUGAAUCCGGCUAAUUAUUCCGUUUGGUAGGUGAUUAUUUCAAUUGAAACGUUGAAAAGGAUAUUGUCUUUGUUAUAAUUUACGAUUUUUAUGUUUUAGGCAGUUCAGAAGAAAUUUGUUGCGUGCUUUGAAGAAAGAUCUGAACCAGGAGAUGACGUUUUGCAAAGAUAUGGCUUGUGAACAUCCAAAGAACUACCAGAUUUGGUGAGUUUUCAUAAUUUUGUUGAUAUUCGGCUCUAAAAAUCAAUUUUUACAAACUCAAUUAACAAUAUUAUGUUUAGGCACCACAGAAGAGUCUUAGUUGAGUGGUCGAACGAUCCCAGCAAAGAAUUGCCAUUCACGGACUAUGUUCUCAUUGGAGACAACAAAAACUAUCACGCAUGGCAACAUCGUCAAUGGGUUGUGGAGCGUUUCAAUUUAUUCGACCAGCGAGAGGUUGAGUACAGUCUGAAGUUGUUGGAAGAAGAUAUGAGGAACAAUUCAGCGUGGAAUUACCGGUACUUUAUUGUGAAUUCAUUGAGUAAUCAGCUAACUAACAUGGCGAUGAUCGACAAGGAGCUGGAGUUGAUUGAAGAGGUGAUUCAGGAAGCCAGUGCUAACGAAAGUGCUUGGACUUAUUUGGCUGGGUAAGGACAAGUUUUUUGAAGGUUUUUGUUUAAAUUUUACGAAGAUGAAGUUUAAAAAGUUAUUUAUAUUGACUUUUCUUCAUGGAUAACAUCGAAAUAUGGGCUAAUUUAGGAAUAUUUGAGGUCUCCUUCUGGUUACUGAAAAUUAGCUUUAUAUUUUACGUUUUCAGUAUUCUCGGACCCUCUGGAAUCGCAGGAAAUCAAAGAGCGUUGAACUUCUGCCAAAAGCUUCAUGAUGCUGGCAAUCACAAGUCACCUCAUCUUUGCUAUAUUCUUUUUGAUUAUCAUUACAACCAAGCCGAGAAAGGAGAAAACACGAACGAAAAUGUGACCAAAGCGACAGAAUUACUGGAAGAAUUGGCGAAUGUGGAUAUGGUACGACACAAGUACAUUGACUACCUGAAAAAUCGACUUCAAUGUCUUCAAGAAGCUCAAAAAUAA